AUGAGUACAUUUGAAGAGGGUACGGAGCCAGUAACAGUCGAAAUUGUGAGCUCUGUCUUACUUACUGAAGACACAGACAGGAACCUCAUUCUUUGCCUUCAGAAUGAAGCUGGUGAAAUGGAAAACCCUACUGAACCUCAGAAUAAGAGGCCUUGUUUGUCUACAGAGGAUGAUUCAACGACUCCUUACAUGCCAGCUGCUGCAUUCCCACUACCAGAAAUGGAGCAGAGCUUUGAUUUGGUCACAACUACAGCCACAGAGGUGGCAGGUGAAGAGGUUUCUGAGGGAACUAUGAUGCAGUUCCAGAUUUUACAGGAUGACAAACCAGAUGAAGCACUCCCCUUGGCUAGUGCACAAGAGUCAGUCGUUAGCCAAGCAUGGUUAAGAGGUAAAGAAGAUAAAGAUAAGCUAACCAGACAAGGACAUAAAUGGAAGCAGGGGAUGUGGUCCAAGGAAGAAACAGAUAUUUUGAUGAACAACAUUGAAUGUUAUAUGAAGGAACAUGGAAUAGAGAAUGCUGCAGAAAUCAUUUUUAAGAUGUCAAAAGGUAAAAGAAAAGAUUUCUACAGAACUAUAUCAUUGGGUCUGAAUCGGCCUUUGUUUUCAGUUUAUAGGAGAGUAGUCCGAAUGUAUGAUGACAGAAACUAUGUGGGAAAGUACACCCCUGCAGAAAUUCAGAAGCUCAAGGAGCUCUGGCAACAGCAUGGCAAUGACUGGAUAACAAUAGGUGCCGCCAUGGGAAGAAGUCCGUCUUCUGUCAAAGACCGGUGCCGCCUGUUGAAGGAUACUUGUAACACGGGGAAAUGGACCGAAGAAGAAGAACGGAUUCUCGGAGAUGUGGUUCACGAAUUGACACACACUGAGGUGGAUGAGAAGGUCACACAUGGUGUGUGUUGGGCAACAGUGGCUCAAAGAGUAGGUACUCGCUCAGCAAAGCAGUGUCGUGCUAAAUGGCUCAACUACCUGAACUGGAAACAGACUGGAGGGAUUGAGUGGACCAGGAAAGAUGAAGUCACUCUCAUCCACAUGCUAGCAGAGCUUGAUGUAGCUGAUGAAACUGAAAUUCACUGGGAUGACUUAGCUAAAGGAUGGAAAAGUGUUCGUUCACCACAAUGGCUGCGUAGUAAAUGGUGGACGAUCAAAAGGCAAAUUACAAACCAUAAGGACUUUGCAUUCCCAGUCCUAGUGAAAUGUCUUCAACAAGUAUAUGAGAGCCAAAGUGCCAGUCUCGUGUUUGGGGAGAAUAAAUCAGGAUCUGAAGUUGCAGAUAGCAACCCUGAUAACAGUGUUCAACAAGUCUCCUUCAGAGUCAUUGGUGUAGAAGAUAAUAACAGUACAUCCUUGAGUACAGUACCUGUGACAGGAUUGCAAAUUACACUCCAGAUCAUCCCUGACUCAACAGAUGUGGCUAUUGUUAACUUUGAAACAAUAACCCAGCCCAGUGGACCACAAUAG